GUCGGAGUAAGUUUUUUCUCCCAAGUCACGAAUUAAGGCCAUAAUUUCCGAUUUUCGAUAAGGUGGUCGCGCUAUGGUAGAGGCCGGCCAUUCGGUAUUUUACCCUACACUCGAAAACAUUUAGCAGUUGUUUGUUGAACCGGUGUCCCCUUGCUAUUGUGGUCUAGCUAUCUCUCGUUACCAACUGCUACAGGAGCAGGAGCCCGCACUGGCAUAAGACCAGCUUAAUCUGAUUCUAAAACAAUAACAACAUUAUCCAUUUUGCGUCUUUCGCUGGCGGGGAGAGGUUGAUAACCACCAGACCACGGGACUUUGUAUUGUUAUUAUCGAAGAGAAUCUAGACCGCCCGCCAAAGGACAUUCAUUGAGGUGAAUAGAAUAAGAAUAAUGCUGAAUUUGCAGGUUCAUCGCCAUUAACUGGGCUGCUUAACACCGAAAGACGAUAAGAUACGACGUUCUAGACGAGUCAUUGAACUAUAUAAAGGACCGUUUCAUUUAUUAACUGGAGAGCGAUGGGAAUGUAUGAUGCUUCGUUUGACUAAGUUUCAUUGUUUGUAAUCAUCAGACAAAGAUAUCUUUUAUCUAUUUAUCGGGCGCAUGAUUGAUUGGAAACGACGCAAACGUUGUCCAAAUAGAGAGAGAGAGAGAGAGAGAGAGAGAGAGAGAGAGAGAGAGAUUGGAAAAGAAAGGCCAGAUUUCCACGUUCUAUGGUUUCUCUUUUCACUUUGCAGGAUGUUUAGGGGCGAAAGUCAAUUCUGGCCUUAUAUCAGCACAGGAACUUGCCUUCACACGGCGUGUAGAUGUGGUAAGGUGUCAAAAAGGGAAAAAAAAAAAAAAAAGUUUCGUUUAUGAACCUCUGCACUCGUCCUACCGACUAGGCCUAGGGUUCAACGCCCUGCUGUGAUUUGGAACCAGCCAUCUCGAUAUCUAGCUUCCCCAGACAUAACGUAAGCGCUUUCGUAGUUGGUUAGCAAGUUAGAGGCUCUGAUUAAGGUUUUGAUAACAGAACGUUUUCGCCACGCGGUUGAAAAACCGAAUGUUUUGUCCUGUGACUAACGGGCAUGCACUGAUCGAUUGUGGAUAUAUAAGGCCAACGACUGCGUACGCUGAUUAGGUAAGAGUUGUAAACUUGCGGUGCUCAGUAACACAGCGUCAUGGCUGCGGUUCAAGCAGCGGUUGUCGCCCUGCUUUCUGUGGGACUCCUGGCUUGUGCCACUGAUGCUUCCUGGUCCUCAAGUGUUCCAGGAUGCGCGAGAGAAUGUCCUGCUGCCGGAUCACAGAAACUUUUCUACGACCCGGAGAAGACCUACACGUAUUUCUACACUGGAAGGUCUGAAAUUCACGUGAAGGAUGUGGAAGGUGGCAUCUCCCAGAUGGAAUGGACCUCCCAAGUCGACUUGACAUGGUUGACCCCAUGUGAUAUGGCCAUUUCCUUCAAGAAUCCAACCUUUGGAGGUGCUACUGGUACGCCAGAAUCCAGGUUUCUGACUAGAUACCCUAUGGUAGUAGCUAUGGUCGAUGGACGGGUACAGCAUGUUUGCAGCCACCCACAUGACGACACUUGGUCUAUCAACUUGAAGAAGGGUGUUGCUUCUGCUUUUCAGAAUACACUGCCAUCCAACUCAUCUGUCAAUACUGGGCUUAACUUUACAGAAACAGAUGUGGCUGGGAAAUGUCCUACCCUGUAUAAAGUUGACAAUCAGGGAGAGAAGAUUUUUGUUGAGAAAAAGAAGAACUACCAAUUCUGCCAAGAACGAUUUCCAUCACAAGAUGAAACGCCAGCGUUUUGGAUCAAAGCUCCUUUGCCAGUUCUCAAAUCUUGGUCUACCUGCAAACAAGAAAUAACAAAAGGUAUCUACACUUUUAUUGCCUGUGAAGACAGAAACAUAAUCAAGCCAGCCAUUGGAUCUUACAAAUACAUUGAUACUAAACAGGAAUCAAAAUUACAACUCCAGUCUGAAUCUACAAGUACACCACCAACUCUGUCCACUCUUAGUGGUUGUAUGGUACGCAGAAGUUUGCGGUUUGACCAUGAAACCCUCAAGAAAGAUCCCAGCAAAGUUCCAAAACUUGAGCAGGCUCUGAGGCAACUUUGUGAUAAGACAAAACACGCUGCUGAAAAGGAUGCUGCUUCCUGGGUAGAUAGAACUAUUGAUCUUAUGAAACAUGUACCAGAAUCGGCAGUAGAACAAAUGCUGCAGAAAAUCAAGAGUGGAGAGAUUUGCAGUGAAAAACAAAAUAUAGAGAGUCUGUUUUUGGAUCUUCUUGCUUAUGUCCAGGAAGCCAAUGUAGUAAAACUUAUGGUAAAGGAAAUUGUUAGUGGUCAAAGCACAGGAGGUAGAGCUGCUCUUUAUACAGCAGCCCUCUACUUUACUCCCAGGCCUUCUCUCCAGGCAAUUGAGGCAGUGAAACCUUUGUUUGAGCAGACCAAACGAUUCCCAAUGGCCAGUCUUGCAGCAGCCUCUAUGGUCAACACAUACUGCAGACAUCAUCCUCACUGCCAAGAAGAAGUUCCGGUCAGACAAGCUGCCGAAACCCUGAGCCACAAAAUCCAAGAACAGUGUUCUUCUCGUGGAACUUUAGAGACUGAAAAGGCAUGCCUUGCAUUACUGAAGUCUCUUGGUAAUAUGGGUGUGAUGACCUCUGAAGUAGCAAGGACUGUCAUCAACAUCAUAGAAAACAAGGAAGUGAAAUUGGUCAUCCGUGAAACUGCUGCACAGGCUUUCAGGAAUGCAAAGUGUGAACGUGAGCUCACAAGACAGCUCUUCAGGAUUGUUCUCGAUCCAAAAGUGCAGACUGAGGUUCGAAUUCAUUCCUAUCUAGUUGCAGUGAGAUGUGCCAAAGAGGCAGACUUAAGGAUUGUCUGUGAACAGAUUUCUAGAGAAGAAAGUACCCAGGUUCGUGGAUUCAUCCUUAGUCAUCUUCUCAACCUGCAGGAAUCCUCUGCACCUCACAAGGAAAACUUGAGGUACAUUCUCUCCGGCAUUUCAGUUCCUACAAACUUCUCGGCUGAUAUUCGAAAAUACUCACGAAAUAUUGACUUUUCUUACUAUGCUCCGUCAUUUGGAGUCGGAGCUGGCUUAGAAUCUGACGUCAUCUUUGGCACUAGGUCAUUCAUUCCCCGUUCAGUCAGACUUAACCUGACCUCUACUUUUGGUGCAACUCCAGUGAACUUUGGAGAGUUUGGAGGCCGAUUUGAGGGUCUAGAAUCUAUCAUAGAGAGCCAUUUUGGACCAGAGGGAUAUUUUCAGAAAACGUCGAUGGGACAGAUCAUAAGAGAUGCCAUGAAUUAUGCAGAGGAACGAGGUGCUGGUAUUCUUAAUCAUGUGUUGAACAAUAUUAGAGUAAAAAGGAGCUUUGACUUGUCAUCUAUCCCUGACUUGAUCAAGCAAAUGUAUGGCCUGAGUGCAAAUCCUGAAGUUCGAGCAGAUUUCUUUGCUCGUUUCAAUGGACAGGAGAUUGCAUAUGGGUCAUUGACAGAAGGCUUUUUUGAAGGUUUAAGAGCCAAUGGAAUAAUUGAUAAGUUCUUCAGUACAAUAGAGGAAGCACUCAAUGACAUGGCAGAGGUGAAUUUUCACACAGCCCGGACACUUCAGAUGGCUCUCGAUUAUUCCCUGCCAACCAUCCAAGGUCUUCCUCUACGAAUGAAACUGAAUGGAACAGCCGUCGUUGGGUUGCAGAUGGAAAGCAGACUUAACGCCCUUGGGAGCAGUUCUCCAAGCAUACUGAAAGUGAAACCAAGCCUCUCAGGACAAGUCAAUGGAUUCAUUGGAUUUGACUCAUUCAUAGCAUCGUGCGGUGUCCGUUCAGUGAACCACAUUGCUAGCAAUAAUGGAAUUUUCCUCAACAUGAAAGGAGGAGAGAGAUUCGAAAUUGAGCUAGAUAUCCCAGAGAAAAUGGACGUUAUUGAUAUUAAAAGUGAAAAUUAUCUAAUGAAAGCUGUUAAAGGACAAGGUGAAACCAGAAUUAGCCCUCCUGGAGUCAAGCUAUCUGAAGUCCACCACCAGAAUUGCUUCCAAUCUUUAGAACAUCAACUUGGUGUGAAGGUUUGCUAUGAGCUGAAAUUCCCAGACCUACUCAGAAGCCAUGGGUUACCUCUUGGACAGCUAUUGGCUGUCAAAUUGACUGGUGAAAAGUCUGAACCCUCUAUGAAAGGCUGGAGGUUAACAGGCAAUGUCCAAAACAGGCCAGAAAGGAAGGAAGUGAAAAUGCAGAUGGAAGCUGCUGCGUCAUCCUUUCCAAGAACGGCAGAAGUACACUUUACAUCUUUUGUGGAUCGGGGUCUUCGGAAGAUAGGGGCCUCAGUGUCCUCACACACAUCUGGAGGCUACAAGGUGGAGCUCAAGACCAAACAUGAAGAGAGUGAGAAGCUACUGGAAGUUAAUGUGUACAGUGGCAGAAGCCAGAGUUUCAGUUCUGAGACGCAGGUUUUGGAGGUCAAGAUUUCUGCCAAAAACAAUGGUCAUGCAACUAAAGUGCAAAUUCUUACAAAGACUCAAAAUUCAUUGAAGGCAUUUAUUGAUCAUCACUUAGAAGUCCAAGGAGAUAUGGCAUUUAUGGAGUCUACUGGACUCCCUUACCCACAACGCCUAGAGAAAUUUUAUCUACAAACAGCCAUAAGUGAUUUUAGAAUUGCUUCCUCUGUUGAAAAGGAGAGUGAUGAAGAGUGGGCAACUGUUUUGAAGGUUGGAUCAAGAAAUGCAGAAAAGUUUUCUUUCAUGGCAAACCAUCACCUGGAGGGAACUUGGCAGGAAGGAAUGUCAAUAAAAACAACAGUCAACACAGUGGUGGGAAGCGCCCAGUUUAAAGCAGCUUUUGAUAUCUACAAUACACGCGAGAAGAGAGGAACAGCUCUUCACAUUCUCAGUCCUCAGGAGACUUCCAAGAUGGUUGAACUCGAGGCAGUGAUGCUCAGGUCAGGCCAAUCAGACACAGUCAAAUUCCAGCUCGACAUCCCACGUCACAUGAGACCAUUCAAGUUUGAAAGUAAACUGGAAGGUCAAGGAAGUGGUCGCUACCAUAUACAGACUGCUCUUAGUCACGGAAGUCAAAUUCUGGCAGAGGGAGAUGGAAUUUUAACAGCUGAGUUUGGUCCUGAUAGGAAGCAGUUUGAGAUAGACCUACGAACGGUAACUUUAGUCAGUGAACUUCAUAGGAUUUCCUUCUCUUGUAUCAGGGAAAGAAACAAGAAAGUCUUAUCAUUGGAAGUAAAAGAUCAGGAACAACCACUCAUUGGCCUCAACUGGGAAUUAUCUUCAGAAAGUGAAAGAGCAACAGAAGCUCAUUUUACAUUCCUGCUCCCAAGUCUAAUAGUCGACAAGAUUGAUGCCAUUAUUAGCCAUGAGAAUAUCCAGGUCAGCUUCAACAGCUUAGUUUCACCGAAGAAUUCCCCUCGAAGGGUGAAAGGCUUUGCAAAUAUUGACUUCGAAAGCAAGAGUGCAAUGGCUGAUGUCUUAUGGAAUGCCGAUCAGGAUCCAAAUGAAAAGCUGAGUGUUGAAGGCACAGUUCUCGGUGAACAAGCUCUCUCUCCUCAGUUGACUACUGUGCGUGGUAGCUGGACAUUUUUUGGAAGCACUUAUCAUUACAAGACAGAAAUUCGCAAUUCUGACGCCACAUCUUGGUUAUUUGGAAAGAAGGACUUAAAGAUUGAAAUCUUAAACCCGUCCCAGCAAGCCUUAGAGCUCCAAACCAACAUAGAUGUUCAGAAGCAAUCAUCUGGUGCAAACCUCAGUCUAGAAUUGCAGUACAAGAAUCCAGAGAGCAAAGCAUUUAAGGUCAAUUCUGAUGUAUCUGUGGAAAGUCUUGGGAGACCUUUCAAUUUCAAGCUAAAUUCUAAAACAGAAUUCAUUUGGCCAGAAGGAAGGCAUUCGGCCACAGUCUUAGAAGGAAAGUAUGAACAUCUCCACAAUCAGAGAGAGAUCUUUGUCAAGGUGGAAAUAAGCAGACCAUCACUGAGUAAGCCACAACAAACGUCCUUCACUUUAUCACACCAACCAAGCUCAUAUAUGGCUAAAUGGGUGAAUGAUGUAACAUCUCCAGCUGAAGGGGCUCAGUAUGACCUUAAACUUUCUUCUGAAGGAGGAAUUCAGUCGUUCAAGGUUGGUUUUGACUUGAGAGAAGUCGUUGCGCUUCUCAAGGCAGUUCACCAACUAGUUGGUGUGGGAUCUGGCCCCUCAGAAACAAUGGGCAGUGCUAAGUACCUCAUCACGUACAAGAGGACCGAACCUGCCUAUCACAAAUUUGUUAUUCAGUCCCCGUUUACGCAUAUGGAAGGAGAAGCACAGGACUCCCUCCAUCAUCCAGAAAGGCACAGAAGUGACAAAAGAUAUGAACUGGGUGUCCCCUCCUCUCUACACCCUGGUCCCUGGGAGAGAGAGGUCAAAUAUAAAGGCCAAAUUCUCUAUCCCUUGCUAGAAAGAGAAAGGAGAGCAAAGUUUGCAUACACGCAUGGUGAAGGGAAAAUUAACGGAACACUGGAUCUCGACAUUUUCCCAAGAUCAGAAGAUAAAAUCAUUGGCACUAUCGAGUCCACUAAGACAGCAAGAAAUAGCUGGAAAGUGGAGACAAAAUUGUCGGGAAAUGCACUUAAGAUUAAUCCAAGGAUUGUAGUAAGUGCUUCCUAUGCAUCUCACACCGUUGGUUUCGAUCUGGAACUGGAAAAGACUGCGUCAUCCAGGCCAUCGCUUUUUGUCUCCGUAAAAUAUGAUAGAAGUUUUGGAAGAAAUGCUGCUGUAGCAUUCACAGUAAGAACGGAGGCAGGUCCAUUGGUAGAUAUAUCUGGAUCUGUGAAACCACAACAGGAACCAUCCUGCAAUGGGCUAGGAAUAUCUGCUGUUGCACAAAUAACCACAGUAGGAAGAUAUGACAUUUUCUCCAAGCUCUGUAAGCCCGGCUUUGUCAAAGUCACAAUCAAGAGGGAAGGAAGUGACAAAGCUAUCGUUGCUAGACUGGGACUUCAGGCUAUGAAAGACCUCGAGUUCAGCAUCUCUGAGAACAAUAAAAGGCUUCAAGAAGAAAGGUAUAUUGCAAUGACAAGAGUUGGCCUUGCAGCUCCAACUCUUGUAAAUAUAGAGUUUGACUGGAAUUAUGAGAAGAUUUCAGCAUUAAUGAAUGCUGCAUCUGAAAAGUGGAGAAGAGAAUCUCCAGGAAUUUUGUUUUGGACAGAAAAUGUGGGACGGGAAAUCCUGGCAGUUUCUGGUUCUGAUGAAAGUUCGGCACAUGUGGCAAGGCUUUGGCAACAGGCAAAGGAAGAGUGUCAACAAAUCUACAGCGAUUUGGUGAAUUACAAUAUAAUACCAUCCUGGAUAAAUAUUCCGACCAUUCGAGGCGUUAUUGGAGGUUACAGAAUGCUGUGGUCUCAAGUGGAUGGAAUAAAGAAGAAAAUAAAUAGCAUUGCUAAAAAUACUAUACAAUCUCUCAGAAGUCAGUCCUCAAGCCUUACUGAGGCUGUAGAUGGAGUGGUAAUUGGCACUGCUCGGUGGAUGAAGACUGGGGGAAUGCCUGAGGAGAUCAGGCCUCUAGCUGAAAAGAUCAAGGGUACUCCUCUGUGGAAUGACGUCAAGACUUUCUUUGAUCACUUGGAAGACAUGUUUGGAGAGCAAAAGGAAGCUUUCAAAGAAGUAUUAAGAAAGUACAUGGAUACGCUGAAGGAAGAUCUGGAAAGGAUUCGCAGUGAUAUCUUCUCAAAUAACAUUAGGGUUCGAGAAAUAGCUGACUGGAUCAUCAAUGAUCUCAAAUUGGGGAAAUUGGUGAUCAAGGGACUUGAUCGUGUUAUCAACAAGGUAGUUCAGUCAUCUCUCCUCUCAUCCACUGAAAUCAGAGGUGAUCACAUGGAGGUGCAAAUUCCCCUUCGUCAACCUGUAAACUCUCUCGCGCAAGCAUGGAGGUAUGCGUUGGUCAAUCCAGUCCCUGUUCCUGAAAAUGUGAUUCGAUUCUUUGAGACACUGACUCUACAGCCUGUUGAGAACUUGCUAUGGUCAUAUUACAACUUCUUGCCACAACGCUUCUCAGACCUACUGCCUCCAUACAAGGGCACAGCAGUGCUUGUAGAUGGCUCAGACAUCCUCACUUUUGAUGGCGCAGUCCUGCAUGCUCCUCAGUCCCCCUGCAGAGCAGUGUUAGCUGCCCAUGAAUCAAUGCUGCUUACUAUGGAAUACCUUGGACACUCACGCGUACCACAGAUUCAUUUUGCAUUCUAUGGUUCCCAGAUUUUGGUCACCCCUGACCACAAAGUCAUGAUCAAUGGAAAUGAGGUUACCAGUCCAGAAGGAAGCAUAGGUCGCAUUAAGGUCAAGAGGAGUCACGAAGAAAUUAAGCUCAUGGCUCCAACCAUGGUUGUUCAAAUUUACCCAAAGAACAAUGUCAUCACUGCUGAAGCAUCUGGGUGGAUGUUUGGCCGGGUUGCUGGUCUGUUUGGUACUUACGAUGGAGAAAUGGGUAACGACAGAGCUGUUACUAUGGCCACUGAAGCAUCUAGUUUUCACGAGCUUGUCAGUUCAUGGCAGGAGGAUAAGAAAUGUCCAACACCAACAGUUACACCCCUAAGUGAAACACCAGUUCCGCCUUUCAGGUCUCUUCAGUGUGAAACCCUUCUGGGAGUUCGAUCCCGCUGCAAUGCUGUGGUUCGACCAGAGCCAUUCAUCAAGAUUUGUCUUGCCAGCAGGAAUGCUUGUGAUGUGGCUAGGGCCUACCAUUCUGUUUGCUCUAACAAAGGAGUGAAGGAUGUGUUGCCUUUGGCGUGUUAGAGCUCUGUGAUGGGUCUUUCUCUUGCCUAGCUCACUGAUGACAGUACCAUGAACUGAUAACUUUAGAAAAACAUUUUUUUUUGCAAAACACCCAAAGUAAAUAGUGUACAACAUCAGCAAAAAGUUUGAAAAGUGGUAUAUUGUUUUUAUAGCUUCCCUUGGUUUGUAAAAUCUAUGCCAAAAUGACAAAAAGGGCAAGGAUUUUGCAUGGAAUUUUCUAGGAAGCAUUUUCCACAUCUCAUGCUCCUGUAAAGAAACUGGUUUUCUGCUUCUAAUUGAUUUAUAGAUUUAUAGCUACUGCAUUGUGAUAUCUUUCAUCAUCUAGGUGGUUUGAAGUCACAGCAAGAAUGUUCGCAACUUCAUUCUGAAUUAGCUCUUUAAAAUGUUUGAGCCUCACUGACAUCCAUUGCCACUUCUAUCACAUUCCAAAGGCCCCUCACAAGUUACUCGUGUUCCGCCGUUGUCUGUUGUUCAUUGGUGGUCACCCAUCCAAAGAGUGACCAGAGCUAUUAGCACCUCCGAUUCUUGCAAUUUGUAUUCUUAUUCCUUGUAAAGGCUAUUGAGACAGAAAGAGUCAUGUUUUAUAUAAGUUAAACAGGGAAUUAAAGGUAGGAUUCAGUCCCAAAGGGAGUAACAGAUCGCCUUGUAUAAAAUGGAAGGUUAUAGGAACCAUGGAACAUGGAAGCAGGGAGCAAAGUCUAAUAUUCAUUCGUAGAACCAACAAUAUUAAAUCUAGCAGAUACCUAUUAAUGACCUUCAAAAUUGGUAACAUUAUUUAGGGUUAACCUGCGAGACAAAAUGAUGUGAUAACUGAGAGGGACAGAAAAUAAAGAAAA